AUGGAAGAAGAGCUCUUAGCUCUACUUCAUAAUCAUACUUGGGACCUCACCGCUCUUCCUCCUGUGAAGCAGGCUGUUGGUUGUAAGUGGUUUUAUACUGUUAAGUAUUUGCCUAAUGGUAGUGUUGAGCGCCUGAAAGUUCAAUUUGUUGCAAAAGGAUUUAGCUCUAUCACAGAGCGCUAUUUUAUGGAACUCAACACUCGCCGUAUUGACACCAGUGUUUCCAGAAGUGAAACACUUAGUAUCAUUAAUGGGAUGCGCUACCUUAAGCUGGGGGUUAAGACUGAAGGCGGACUCACUGCAUCAGCUUCCUUUGUCACAAAAGCAAACCCUCUAAAUCGUGCUCCACAUAAAAGGAAAAGUGAAUUACACCAUGCAAUGUGCAAUAUGCUCUCUAGUAUUCUAGCACCACUUGCAGAUGGUGGGAAAAGCCAGUGGCCCCCAUCUGGAGUGGAUUCUGCACUUACUGUGUGGUAUGAAGCUGUUGCUCGUAUAAGGCUACACCUUAUGCACUGGAUGGAGAAACAGAGCAAGCAUAUACCUGCUGGGUACCCCUUGGUGACUCUUCUUCUUUGUCUUGGUGAUCCUCAAAUCUUCCACAGUAACCUUGGUCCUCACAUGGAGAAUCUAUACAAGCAUCUUAGAGACAAGAACCACCGCUUCAUGGCCCUGGACUGUCUUCAUCGAGCUAUGCGAUUUUAUUUGAGUGUUUAUGCAGAUUACCAACCCAGAAAUCGUGUAUGGGACUACCUGGAUAGUGUCACUUCACAACUGCUGAUAUUUCUAAGGAAAGGAAUGCUAACUCAGGAUGUUCAACAUGAUAAACUUGUAGAAUUCUGUGUGACUAUAGCUGAAAGUAACUUAGAUUUUGCCAUUAAUCACAUGAUAUUGGAAUUGUUGAAGCCGGAUAAUCUGAGUGAAGCAAAGGUGAUUGGCCUAUGUGCUUUGCUUGCAAUUGUCAUGUCUCCUUCUGGCAAGCAUAAUGGCUUAGAAGUUUUUCGAGAUCAUGAUAUUGGCCAUUAUAUUCCAAAAGUUAAGUCUGCAAUUGAGUCAAUCUUAAGGUCUUGCCACAGAAUGUACAGUCAAGCUCUUCUUACUUCUUCAAAGGCUACUAUAGAUGCUGUCAGCAAGGAAAAGUCUCAAUUAUAUCUCUUCCGGUCAGUGCUCAAAUGCAUACCUUAUCUGAUUGAUGAGGUUGGCCGAAGUGACAAAAUCACUGAGAUAAUUCCUCAACAUGGCAUAAGUAUUGAUCCUGGUGUCCGUGAAGAAGCAGUUCAAGUGCUGAAUCGAAUUGUAAGAUACCUUCCCCAUCGUCGCUUUGCAGUUAUAAGAGGGAUGGCCAAUUUCGUCCUACGGCUUCCAGAUGAAUUUCCUCUUCUCAUUCAAACAUCGUUGGGGCGUCUGGUGGAACUUAUGCGUUUUUGGAGGGCUUGUUUAUCUGAUGAGAGACUAGAAUAUGAUGCUCAGGAUGAAAAGUUGGUGGGCCAUGGAAGUAAGAAAGCCCACAAAUUUUCUUUUCAUCAGCCAGUGGAAGCAAUUCAGUUUUCUGCUUCUGAGAUAGAUGCAGUUGGCCUUAUCUUUCUUAGUUCUGUGGAUAUACAGAUCAGGCAUACAGCAUUGGAGUUGCUGCGCUGUGUUCGGGCAUUAAGAAAUGAUAUAAGAGACCUUUCAAUAAAUGGGCUAUCUAAUCAUAUACUGAGAUAUGAAACUGAGCCAAUAUUUAUAAUUGAUGUUCUUGAAGAAAAUGGGGAUGACAUUGUUCAGAGCUGUUAUUGGGAUUCUGGUCGCCCUUAUGAUUUACGAAGGGAGUCUGAUGCAGUUCCUCCUGAUGUGACAAUUCAAUCCAUUCUUGACACUGAUAAGAACAGAUGGGCUAGUUGUCUUAGUGAACUUGUCAAAUAUGCAGGCGAGCUUUGCUCAAGUGCAGUGCAGGAGGCAAAGUUGGAGAUUCUGCAGCGCCUGGCUCAUAUAACACCUAUAGAAUUAGGCGGGAGGGCUCAUCAGUCACAGGAUACUGACAAUAAAUUAGAUCAGUGGCUCAUGUAUUCAAUGUUUGCAUGCUCUUGUCCACCUGAUAGUAGAGAAAUUGGUGGUGCAGUUACCAAAGAGCUCUGCCACCUUAUUUUUCCUUCUCUCAAAUCUGGAUCUGAAGCUCAUAUACAUGCAGCUACCAUGGCUCUGGGUCAUUCACAUUUAGAAGUCUGCGAAAUCAUGUUCAGCGAGCUUGCAUCUUUUGUUGAAGAGGUCUCACUGGAAACAGAAGGAAAACCAAAAUGGAAGACAGGAUUAAUGAUUCAAAAAGCCCGCCGUGAGGAACUUCGUGUUCACAUUGCAAAUAUAUACCGUACUGUUGCUGAGAACAUAUGGCCUGGGAUGCUGAGUCGGAAACCAAUUCUUCGUCUUCAUUAUUUGAACUUCAUUAAAGAAACAACCAGGCAGAUUAUAACUGCACCCCCUGAGAGCUUUCAAGAAAUGCAACCUUUCCGUUUUGCAUUAGCUUCUGUUCUAAGAUUGCUAGCCCCUGAGUUUGUAGAGUCAAGAUCAGAGAAAUUUGAUGUCAAAACUCGUAAGCGAUUGUUUGAUCUUCUUCUCUCUUGGUGUGAUGAAAUGGGUAGUACAUGGGGUCAAGAAACUGUCAGUGAUUACCGCCGUGAAAUCGAACGUUACAAGGCAACUCAGCACAGCCGUUUAAAGGAUGCAGUAGACAAAGUCUCAUUUGAUAAAGAAGUAAGUGAGCAAGUUGAGGCAAUUCAGUGGGCCUCUAUGAAUGCCAUGGCUUCACUACUCUACGGGCCAUGCUUUGAUGACAAUGCAAGAAAGAUGAGUGGUCGGGUGAUUUCAUGGAUUAACAGUUUGUUCAUUGAGCCAGCACCUAAGGCACCUUCUGAUCCAAAAACCCCAUCUUAUUCGAAAUUUAUGGGGGAUGGAGGUCGUUCUGCUGCUGGACGUGAUCGACAAAGGACUAGUCACCUCCGUGUUUUCCUGGCAAAAUUGGCAUUGAAGAAUAUUCUGCAGACAAAUUUGGACCUAUUUCCUGCCUGCAUUGACCAGUGCUACUAUUCAGACACUGCCAUAGCUAAUGGCUAUUUCAGUGUGCUUGCUGAAGUCUACAUGCGCCAAGAGAUCCCAAAAUGUGAAACUCAGAGACUUCUAAGCUUGAUUCUCUACAAGGUGGUGGAUCCAUUGAGACAAAUCCGUGAUGAUGCUCUUCAGAUGCUUGAGACACUCUCUGUCCGUGAGUGGGCUGAGGAGGGCACUGAUGGUUCAGGUCGAUAUAGAGCUGCAGUUGUUGGUGACCUCCCCGACUCCUAUCAGCAGUUCCAGUACAAGCUCUCAUGCAAACUUGCCAAGGAUCACCCAGAUCUGAGCCAGCUCCUCUGUGAGGAGAUCAUGCAGCGACAACUCGAUGCCGUAGACAUAAUUGCACAGCAUCAGGUCUUAACAUGCAUGGCACCCUGGAUUGAGAACCUAAACUUCUGGAAACUUAAGGACUCAGGUUGGAGUGAAAGAUUAUUAAAAAGCCUUUACUAUGUAACAUGGCGGCACGGAGAUCAGUUUCCUGAUGAAAUCGAAAAGUUAUGGAGCACACUUGCUUGCAAGCCCAAGAAUAUCAGUCCCAUUCUUGAUUUCUUGAUCACCAAGGGAAUGGAAGAUUGUGAUUCAAGUGCAUCUGCUGAAAUAAGUGGAGCUUUUGCAGCAUAUUUUUCAGUUGCCAAACGCGUAAGUUUGUACCUCGCAAGGAUAUGCCCACAGCGCACAAUUGAUCACUUGGUUUACCAGUUGUCUCAGCGGAUGCUGGAGGAUAGCGUAGAGCCGGUUAGACUAAGUGCAAGUAGAGGAGAUGGUUCUGGGAAUUUUGUGUUGGAGUUCUCCCAGGGGCCUACACUGAUGCAACAAAUUGCAUCAAUUUUGGACACCCAACCACACAUGUCACCAUUGCUCGUACGGGGUUCUCUUGAUAUCCCAGUUAAGAAUCCAGGUGGGAGUGUUAGCUGGCGGACUGCAGCUGUGACAGGAUGGAGCAUUUCAGGGCCACCAAGUCCAAAUCCAAUGUCUUCCGAGAUGAACAUUGGUCCUGUUGCUAGUAGCCGCUCAGCACAGCUCCUUCCAGCAGCAUUUGUAAACAUGUCAGGGCCGUUGAUGGGGGGCCGAAACUCAACGGGUACCUUGCGGAGUCGCCAUGUUUCCCGAGACAGCUCUUCUACAGACCAUCUACUUGACACACCACAUUCUGGGGAAGAUGGGUUGCUUUCUGCCAGUGGGUUGCAUGGGAUCAAUGUUGGAGACAUCCAGUCAGCUUUGCAGGGCCACCAGCAGCACUCGCUUACUCAUGCUGAUAUAGCAUUGAUUCUACUUGCAGAGAUUGCUUACGAGAAUGAUGAGGAUUUCCGUGAGCACCUUCCUUUGCUCUUUCAUGUCAUGUUUGUCUCAAUGGACAGCUCUGAAGAUAUUGUUCUUGAGCACUCCCAGCGCUUGCUUGUUAACCUGCUAUACUCACUCGCCGGUCGGCACUUGGAGCUAUAUGGGGUCGAGGAAAGUGAUGGAGAGAAUAGACAGCAGGUUGUAAGCCUGAUCAAGUACGUCCAAUCAAAGCGUGGGAGCUUGAUGUGGGAGAAUGAAGAUCCCACACUUACGCGGACUGAGCUCCCUAGUGCAGCACUCCUAUCAGCUCUAGUGCAGAGCAUGGUUGAUGCCAUCUUCUUCCAAGGUGAUCUCCGAGAGACUUGGGGUGCAGAGGCUCUUAAAUGGGCAAUGGAGUGCACAUCCAGGCACCUAGCAUGCCGCUCACACCAAAUUUACCGUGCAUUACGACCCAGAGUGACAAGUGACGCAUGUGUCUCUCUCCUUCGGUGUCUCCAUAGGUGCCUUGGGAACCCUGUGCCGCCAGUCCUGGGCUUCGCCAUGGAGAUUCUGUUGACAUUACAAGUGAUGGUGGAAAACAUGGAACCAGAAAAGGUGAUACUCUUUCCGCAGCUCUUCUGGGGUUGUGUGGCAAUGAUGCACACAGAUUUUGUGCAUGUGUACUGCCAGGUGCUUGAGCUUUUUGGUCGUGUGAUUGAUCGACUCUCGUUUCGGGACAGAACAACCGAGAAUGUGCUCCUCUCAAGCAUGCCCCGUGAUGAGCUUGAUACCGGCAACUGUGACAAAGUGGAGCUUCAACGUCUAGAAUCAAGGAUUGGCUAUGAAUCUCCACCGGUGUAUGGAAAAGUGCCUAAUUUCGAAGGUGUACAACCUCUCGUUCUUAAAGGUCUCGUGUCAACAGUCAGCCAUGGAUUCUCUAUCGAGGUUCUCUCAAGGAUCACAGUGCACUCGUGUGACUCCAUAUUCGGGGAUGCUGAGACACGACUCCUGAUGCAGAUAACUGGUUUGCUUCCUUGGCUCUGCUUACAACUCAGUAAGGAUUCACAACUCGGUAAGGAUUCAGCCAAUGGACCCGCCUCGCCGCUGCAACAGCAGUACCAGAAGGCUUGCUCUGUUGCCUCCAAUAUUGCAAAUUGGUGCCGGGCAAAAUCGUUGAAUGAAUUGGCAACUGUAUUUCUGGCUUACUCCCGUGGUGAAAUCACUUCCAUCGCUAACCUCCUUGCUUCUGUGUCGCCACCGGUGUGUGCUGAGUGGUUCCCAAAGCACUCAGCACUAGCAUUUGGACACUUGUUGAAGCUCCUGGAGAAGGGUCCAGUUGAGUAUCAGCGUGUGAUACUGCUAAUGCUCAAGGCUUUGCUCCAGCACACAACCAUGGAUGAUGCCCAGAGCCCUCAAGUGUAUGCCGCUGUGUCACAGCUGGUGGAGAGCUCAUUGUGUACCGAGGCACUGAGCGUACUGGAAGCCCUUCUACAGAGCUGUAGCUCAUCUACCGCCGCCGCCUCCUACCAACAUGAACUAGGAUCUUUUGAGAAUGGAUUUGGUGGAAUCGAGGAGAGGAUGAUGAGUGGCCCCCAAAGCCCAUUUAAAGGUCGGUGCUGCCCAUUACUAUUCCCUAUGGGAUCAUUGUUUGGUGGUGGCUCAAUAUCCGUAACGCACGGCAGUGCAACGGAAUCUGGUCCAUCUGCCAAGGGGGCAGCUUUGCAAAAUACACGCGUGAUUCUUGGACGAGUGCUUGACAAUUGCCCUCUUGGGAGGAGGAGGGACUACAGAAGGCUCGUUCCUUUUGUAACCAGUAUUGGUAUUAGGUGAUCUUCCAAUUUAUUUGUCUCUUUAUUUUUUUAAUCCUAUUAAUUCUAUCUCUCUCUCUCAUUUGUUUGCAGCAGUGGGGGACUGUAAAUAGAUAUUGCAAGAAGAGUGGUGUUUGUAGUAUAUGAAAUCAUCUUUUUUUCCUUCCCUAAAUAAAAUAAAAGCGUUGCAGCAAUCUCUCCGCCUAGUCGAAAGAUGUAAAGUAAGGAUAAUUUAUUUCGUUUUUAGGGUUUUUAGAGAGAGAAAAUUGGUCAA